AGAGUUUUGAACGAGUCGCUAAGUAACUUCUUCACUUCCUUUGACGACGUUCCUUCCUGUCGGAUCCGAAGUCACACGUCCUCGCCGUUCUUGUGUUGGAUCGGAAGUGACAACGACGACGGCAGCUUGCUCGUUGCGAAGAUUGUUGGAACACAUUUAUACCAAAUAAAGUGUUAGCUUUUUUCCUUUUACUUGUGGAAACGAGUGACUGUCAGAGAUGAAAGAGUUCAACGUGGCUGGGAGCAACAUUUCCCUUGCCCUCUUCACAGAUGUGAGCAACAGCAGGGAACUUCUUGACUCUAUUCAAGCAGGAACUUUAGAACCAGAAGUUGCACUCAUGAAUGCAUCACUGAUACCAGAUGUAUUCCCAGUUCUUGCAGCUGCAUAUAAUGCUCUUAUUGCCAAAUCAAGAGAUUCCUUGACAACACGCACACUGCAUUCAGAACUUGUUUAUAACUAUUCGGGUUCUAAACAUAUUACUGAAUCAUUGAAGAGGUUUGGAAUCUCCGAUAAAACAAACUAUAUUCUGGCAGUUCGUUUUGGUGCUUCCAGUGAUGAGAUGAAGGAUGUUGCCAAGCUAAUCAAAGGGAAGGAGGUUGAUUUGGAAGAACUGGAAACCAAAGCUGAUGAAACCCAAAUACAAAAGCAUUACAAGAUAACCAGCCAGGAACUUGCCAUCUCUUCACUUUCUAACGCAAUCACCUGCAGAAUUGCUGUCCGAGAUGCAUUAUAAAUUUGCAUAAAUGCUUUAUAAUGUUUAGUCAUGCAAUUUUUGUUUUAAAUCAAGUGCUUUGUUGAAUGAGCCAAUAUAACAUGUAAAGAUCUUUGGCUUUAUGUAUCAUUGCAGCUAAUGCUUGGAACUUGAAACCAUUUGCUAUGCUUAGUUUAAUCUACUCUCUUGAGUUCUUAAAAA